GGCGUGAGGGGCGCGAAAGUAGGCGGAAGCGAGAGGGAAGAGGUGGACGGCCUAGCAGGAGAGGGAAACUGUGACAGAGAUAGAGAGAGCGGGAGAAAGAGGAAGUCUGCGGGUGAGAGACAGAGUGUCGGAGCGCAAGGGAACGCAGCUGAAUCUGUCGGCGAUCCGGCGGGGUGAGGGAAAAGCACCGGGCUUUUGAAAAAGUUUUAUCUUGCCGGCGCGCUCGGCCUUUCAGACGCUACCGAACACCGGUGCGCUGUUGUACGGUCCCUGUGUGUCCCGCGACUCGAGGCCAGUUUCGUACGUCCAAGCUCCCCGUGGCUGGUGGCCCUCCUCCUCGUCGUGUCGGCUCGUGAAGGUCCGAAGAUUUCAAAGUGGCCUUGGAAAGGGGGACCGGUCGCGCGUUUCCAUUCCGCUCGUCAUGCGUUGACGAGAGGUUUCCUUCGAACGAUCCAAGUGCACAGAGAAGAUAGAGCAACGCGAGUGGGCACGAUAGGAGAAGAACUGGGACGAACAGGUCCUCAACAUGAGGGACUCUACCUUGCCGAGGGGCUGUCUGCUGUUGCUGAUGCUCGUUGCCGCCACUUUUCUCGUGGAUGCCGCCUCUCAAAAUGACGAUCUAGUAUUUGACCAGGAUGGCAAGCAAUCUUUAGACGAGAUACCUUUGAUUGAGACACGCCAACAAGACUCCAUACUUCACAGGUUAAGGAGAAGAUUUUUAGAUUUUUUUAAUCCAACUACAUCUACUUCUACUGAAGCUCCAGAACCUGAAGAAAACAACGCGGACAAUGAAUUGGACAACGAUCCUCUUGUUCAAUCCAACGAUGACGAAUAUUUGGAAAAAUCAGCCCGCGAUACUGCAGAUGAAUUCGAAGUCGAAGCUGAUGAGGAGAAUGAAGUUGGAAAUGCAGCUGAAGGUCGAAGAGAAUCAGCAAAUUUUGGAAAUAGCGACGACGAAGAUCUUGCUGGAUCUGGAGAAAUGGAGGGCAGCGCUGAUGAUACGCGAUUGCACAAUCUUGUACCAAUGAGAGAAGAGAGAAAGUAUUAUAGAAUAACCUUGACAGUUGGAGAACCGUUCAGAAGAGAGUAUGUGGAUAGGAAUAGCAGAGAGUACAAGGAGCUAAGUGGCAAUUUAACUCAACCUUUGGAAGAGUUGUUGAACCGUUAUAUUCCUAAUGAAAAUCACCAUGUCAACGUUAUUAAAAUUUCGCCAACGUCCGACAGCUUCACAUCACAAGUUACCCUAGACAUCGGUUCGACGUUCACAGAUGAGAUGGAAGUGCGGAACGUUAUAGAGCAACAGCUGCACUUACACUCGUUGGGCAACGUCCAAGUUCGACCAGAAGAAUUCUCGUUUAGAGUAUUCCAAGUUGGAGAAGAGAUAGAGGAACCGGAAUGCGACCAAUCGACCGAGAUAAGGUGUAAAGAUGGUACAUGCGUGCCGGUCGAAUGGCGAUGCGAUGGAAUUUCUAAUUGUAAGGAUGGUUCUGACGAAGAAGGUUGUCCUGAAACAACGACACAUGUCAGCGAGAAUAUCACAGAAUUUUAUGAGGAAAUAACUAAGGAAAUUAAAAAGGAAGAAGAUGUUGAAGGAGUAAAAUUAAGCAAAUGUCGCGCCGAUGACACUGUUCGUUGCAGUGAUGAAAGUCGUUACAUAUGCUCUGUACAGAAAUGUGACGGCGUCAAGGACUGCGAUGAUGGCGAUGAUGAAGUUGGUUGUCCCCAUCCAGGAUGCAGUCCUGGAGAAUUUGCCUGCGACGUAUCUAGGUGUAUACUCGCAUCGCAUCGAUGUAAUUUCAUAAAAGAAUGUGACGAUGGGAGUGACGAACAUGACUGCAGCUAUCCUGCUUGCACCGCGUCGCAAUUCAAAUGCAGGAACGAGCAGUGCGUUGACAGCAGCGCACGGUGCAAUGGCGUGAACGAUUGUUUCGACCAUUCCGACGAGUUAAAUUGCCCUUGCGGAAAGGACCAAUUCGAAUGCACCCCGGGCGUUUGCAUAUCCAACUCGAAACAAUGCGAUGGCGUCAUGGAUUGUAACAAUGGAAAGGAUGAAGAAAAUUGUCGGAAAAUAAUUCGAUGUCGGUCAGACGAGUUCGAGUGCUUAGACGGAAGUUGCGUGAGCCAAACCGCGAGAUGCGACGGAAGAUCCGAUUGCAGAGAUCGUUCUGACGAAUACAAUUGCACCGUGACCACCUGCAGCGGAGAUCAAUUCAGGUGUCUGGACGGUACCUGUAUCAGCAUCGACAAAAGGUGUAAUCAGAACAUAGACUGUCGCAAUGGGGAGGACGAGAAGCAGUGUGGUUGCGGAGCGACCGAGUUUCGCUGCACGGAUGGACGAUGCAUCGGUUACGAGUUGCAGUGCAACGGGGUGGAGGAGUGCUCAGACGGCUCUGACGAGAGGGACUGCGAAAAAUCGUUGUGGAGGAACGUGUACAACGAUAGAAGUUUGUUUCUGAAGUUUUUGGAAUCGAGAAAAUGGAAUAACAACAACAAGAAUAAUAACAACAGUUUUAAGCGGCGGAACUCGAAGAGGAAUCGAGAGAAAAAUUUGAAGAGAAACAUCAGCCACGAUCCGAGGAAGUAUCUCAAGAUGCAUCCAGAGAAUAUUUUAAAAUUCGUGAAAAAUAAUUGGAACGAUUCGAAAAUAUCGGACAAAAAUUUUCCAAGUUAUUUGAAGGAAGUUAAGAAUAUCGUUGAUGAUGAUGAUAAUAAUUACUUGAAACCUGGCAAAAAUUUUCAACGCUCGUUGAAGGAAGUGAGAAACGUCACCGAUCGAGAUGUUGUUAUCGGCAAGAAGAGGAGGAACAGGAACAAGAACAGGAAGAAGCAUCUGGGCAAGGAGGAGAGGAGGUUUAAAAGUGAUAAGAGAAACGAGACAUCUUCGCUCGGUGUGUCAAGGAGAAGGGUACGUGCAAAGAAGAAAUCGAAGAAAAGCGAGAAAAUAGCAGAGGAGGAGGAGAAAUCGAAACGAGUAUUUCCAGUUUUUGGCCACGCGAUCCCCGAAAAUUCGACAAUAUUGUCGGAAGUUAUCGGUUCAACUGUUUCCACCACUUCAAACUCGAUGGAAAACGAGAUAUUUUACGAUAAAUUGCAAAUUAUCGGUUCUAAAGAAGGAAAUGAAAAGAGUAGUACUCGGGUAAAUAAUGAAACGAAUACAACGAAAAGUGAGACGUUUCACAAUAAAUUACAAACUAUAAGUUCGAAAAGUGAUGAGACCAAUACUUGGAGAACUACAAACGGUAUCACAGUCUCAAAAUUUGAGGAAGAUAUCUCGGUUACAACGGAGAUAAAGCAUUCCACGAUGAAAGAAGAUGAAAAGUUGAAAGAUGAAGUCGAGGCGGAAAGUACGGAAUCAGAAAUGAAAGAUGUAUCGUCUUUUACGAGCGAUGAAUUCGUUACGUCUACAGAAGGAAGCGAAAAAUUAUCGUCGACCAAAAGUGAAGAUCUGGAAGAAGAUAUCGGCACAAGUACAGAAACAAUUACGGAAUGGAUCUUAAAACGACUUAAAGAGAGCUUCGUCGAUUCUUCGGAUGUUUCGAACACGAAUUGGUCCUCCGAAGAAGAUUUGGACAAACGUUUGGGGGCCAUCGCGGAUAAAGAAAAGAAUUCUUCCGUUUCGUUAAGAAUCAAGCAUUCUUCCGGGGAAAAUAUGGCUCAAGAAAGAGCAACACCUCUAUUAGACGAGACUGUAUCGUUGGAAAAUUCGUCCAGAACCAUGGAAAAUUCAAAUUUAUUUGACAUAUUUGUUGACGAUUCCAGUAAGAAUUCUAUAGAAUCGGAUAUUGUUGGUUCGAAGGCAAAAAAACGUUUCACUAAAUAUUUUCGCGAGUACAGCGUGACGCCGUCCAUUUUAAGCAGUUCUACAAGUGCAGAACGGGAAAAUGAAAAGGAGCACGAUUUCACCGAUUUGUAUUUUCAGAACGCGACGCAAUCGGUUUCAACGAUUUCUACGAUACCGAGCGAGGAUUACGAUUUAUCGGCGAAAGUAGAAACGGAAUUGUUCGAGACGGGUCGAAAUAAUUCCAAAGUUCGCAUAAAUUUGUUGAGCGAUUCGAGAUUGUCCACCGAUCUCUCCAUUCCUACUAGGGAAAAUUUCAAAGACAAAGUAUACGAUUGUACAUCGAAGUGCGUGAAUUACUGGAAGAGGUUAUACGAGAUGAAAGAAAAGAAUUAUCAAGAGUUGAUCGAGAAAAUUCUGAAAAACGACGGGAGGAUCGAUUCCGGAUUGAUCGAUUUCGAGGAAAGUUCUACGUUUUCCAAUCCCGACUUCGACAAUUCUCCUGAUUCCUCUCAAGACGUUUCAAAAUUCGCGGUGGCGUUCGGUCAUAACUUCGCGAGACCUCUUUAUCAAAAUCGUUCAUUACCGACCGAGCCACCGAAUUUGAUAAAGAUUAUCAGCGAGGAGAAAACUCGAGAAGAAAAUUCGAGCAAGGAGGGAAAAAGAGGUAACGUUGAUCGGACCAACUUUAAUAAUCAUUCCAAUUCCUCUGUGAACGCGACAUUAUCGACGGAGCACACUUUCAAAGAAUUCCAAUCGAGAGAAACGGUGGACCAACGAAGGGACCAGCAAGCUCAACAUGGUAAAACCUAUUCCACGAAUUUGCCAGCGGUUAACAGUUUUUCCACGAGCAGAACAAAAUGCAAAAAUAGUAAAAACGAAGAAGACGAAUUUGGGGAGAAUUGCGAGAAAGAUAGCACGAUGGAAUGGAUAACAGAUUACAAUUCUAUCGAAGAGACUAUUACCAAAGGAUAUGGCGACGUGUUCGUCGAUGUGACAAGCACAGAUUGGUGGGAUACCGAGACAUUCAAGUGUGAUCAGGAUCAAUUCCUUUGCGAGGAUGGAACGUGCAUCGAGAAAGACAAGAUCUGUGACGGUGUGAUGGACUGUGAGGGCAGCACUGACGAGUUCAACUGUGAUAACAAUGGGAACGAUGGAAAUGGGAAUGGAAAUGGGAACGGAUCGAACGAGUCUGACGAAGGUUCGACUUGCAUGUCAUGGGAGUUCCUCUGCAACGGGACUUGUAUCAGCAAUCUCUCUCUCCUCUGCAAUAACAAGAUAGAUUGUGACGAAGGAUUUGACGAAGCUGACUGUGAGACGGAAGAAUGUCCCGAUGGUCAGUUACCAUGUGAUAACAAAGUGUGCAUCAACAAAAACUUCUUCUGCGAUAACAACAUCGAUUGUCACGAUGGGAGCGACGAACGCGAUUGCAAUAAUGGUGUAACUCAACCACCAAGAUGUCGCGAGGACGAGUUUACUUGUCGCGAUGGAACCUGCAUUCCGCAGUCAGCUUUCUGCGACGAACGACCCGAUUGUCCUUACGCAGAGGACGAGGCCAACUGUCUUCAAGGUAAGAACACGUCGGAUAGAACCAACCUGGUAGGGCUAAUCCACGAGACUCGGGAUAACAAGGAUUACAAUCCGGAUUAUCAAGCGCCUGCUAAUCAGAGUACUCCAAGAAGUUGUGCUCCCGAUGAUUUUGUUUGUGCUGAUGGCACUUGCAUCCCUGAAACUCACCACUGCGACCAUUUCUACGAUUGCCGCGACUUUACCGACGAACAGUAUUGCUUCGGCUGUGGCAAAGAUCAAUUCCAAUGCGCAGAUGGAAAUUGCAUUAGGAUUGAGGACCAAUGCAAUGGUUACAUUGAUUGUGCUGAUGGAACUGAUGAAAAUGAUUGUGAUCAUGUUGGUUCCCAUCCAAUGCCUGGUCGUUGUCCAGCUGGUUUCAUUAUGUGCAUCAGAGACAAAGAUUGUGUACCUCAAUCUUCUCUUUGCAAUGGAAUACCAGAAUGUAGAGAUAGAUCUGAUGAAGAAUAUUGUAACACAGAACCAUCGAGCCUUAGCUUGAAGACUUAUCCAAGUGAGCAAGUAAUUAAAGAAAAUCCGGCGAAGCAAGGUCGCGAAGUUGUGUUUCAAUGUCGCGACGAAGGUCCUCUUCGGGCUAAAGUACGCUGGCUACGAGGAAAUAAUCUUCCUCUGCCAUCUGGAAGUCGGGAUAUCAAUGGACGUUUGGAAAUUCCAAAUAUCCAGCUGAAUCAUUCGGGAUCAUACAUUUGCGAGGCUGUUGAUUAUCCUCCAUCUACUCCUGGCCAACAAGUUAGCGUAUACCUUACUGUAGAAAAAUUCGACCCACCAGCGACAAGCAGACCUCAUGUGUGUCAAUAUGAUGAAGCUACUUGUAGCAACGGUGAAUGUAUUCCUAAAUCAUAUGUAUGCAAUGAUAGAUUAGAUUGUACCGAUGGUUCUGAUGAAAUGCGUUGCAGUCCACAUGGUUGCGAACCCAAUCAAUUCCGUUGCAAUAACACUCAAUGUGUAAGUAAACUAUGGCGUUGUGACGGCGAUAAAGAUUGUGCCGAUGGUAGCGAUGAAGAAAAUUGUGCCCCGAAUAAACCAGGUUCUCCCUGUCGCUUCACAGAAUUUGCUUGUGCUAGUAAUAACCAAUGUAUACCUAAAAGUUACCAUUGCGAUAUGGAAAAGGAUUGUUUAGAUGCUAGCGAUGAAAUAGGAUGUUCUCCAGUUUUUAUUGUAAAGCCACCUGUUCCUAUGAUUACACUGAAUAUAGGAGAAGUUUUAACAAUCACCUGUACAGCAAUUGGUGUGCCUACUCCUGAAAUCAAUUGGCGUCUUAAUUGGGGCCAUGUCCCUCCCAAAUGUACCAUGACAUCUAUAAAUGGAACUGGAACACUCACAUGUCCUAACAUUCAACCAGAAGAUCAAGGAGCUUAUUCUUGUGAAGGAUUGAACAAUGCUGGUUUCGUAUUUGCCAUACCUGACGCUAUUGUCAUGGUAAAUAAAUCUAUGAGAGAUAUUUGUCCUAAAGGAAUGUUCAAUUCUGAAGCCAGAAAUCUAGAUGAGUGCAUCUCCUGUUUCUGUUUCGGUGUCGCUACUGAAUGUCAUAGUGCCAAUCUCUUCACUUAUCAUAUUCCUCCACCAAUAGACCGUCACAAUAUCAUAGAAGUCAAAUUUCAACCAAACAUUCAAAUUCUAAAUGAUAUCACUGGACAAAUCUCAAUCCUGAGAAAUAUAGAUCGAAAUGGUAUACAAUUAUAUCAAUCAGAGUUACUAUCGAACACCGAUACGGAACUUCCUUAUUUCGCCCUACCUGAGACUUACUAUGGGAAUCAAUUGAAAUCCUAUGGUGGUUAUCUAAAAUACAGAGUACGUUUUAACGGAACUGGUGUAACAAAUUCUGCACCAUCAGUUAUUCUAAGCGGAAACAAUUAUCGUCUAGUGCAUAGAGGAAAACAAUUAAUACCGAAUUACGAUAACGAAGAGAUCGUUAGAUUUUUUCAAGGCGAGUGGUAUAAACAACAAAGAUGGAAUGAAAUUCCUGCUACAAGAGAAGAUAUCAUGAUGACACUAGAAAAUGUGGAUAAUAUUCUGAUUAAAGCACAAUAUGAUAAUUCUCCAUACUUGGAUAUCCAAAUUACUAAUAUAGUGAUGGAUACAGCUGAUGUAAGAAAUACUGGACUUGGAUCAGCAUCUUAUGUUGAAGAAUGUGAAUGUCCUUCAGGAUAUAGUGGUUUAUCAUGCGAGCAGUGUGCACCUGGAUAUUUAAGACGACAGUCUGGUCCUUGGCUUGGUCAAUGUUACAGAGAUGAACCACCAUGUUCUUCAGGAUAUUAUGGAGAUCCUUCGAGAAACAUUCCUUGUCAAAUGUGUCCUUGCCCACUCACCAAUCCAUCCAAUCAAUUUGCACGUACUUGUCAGCUUGGCUCAGAUGGUCAGCCUACCUGCAAUUGUCCACCAGGAUAUAUAGGUCGUAGGUGUGAACAAUGUGAUGUAGGAUAUCAAGGAAAUCCCCUUAUUCCAGGAGAUAUGUGUGUUCCCAUAUCUCAUUGCGAUCCUGAUGGUAGUCUUAGUUUAGUUGCAGAUCCUAUCACUGGAAGAUGUCGAUGCAAGUUAUAUGCCACGGGUCUUACUUGCAAUCAAUGCAAGGCAAACACAUUCAAUUUGGCAACGAAAAAUCAGUUUGGUUGUAUCAGCUGCUUUUGCAUGGGCAUUACUAAUAAAUGCGUUUCCUCCAAUUGGUAUAGAAAUGAUAUUCGAGUUUCUUUUACUAAUUCUAUCAGAGAUUUCUCUCUUAUCGAAUCUAAAAGUCCAGACACUUUACCAAUUGUAAAUGGUAUUCGCCUAGACGCAGUUAACCGUGAAAUUAUCUAUAGUGAUUUCCCUAAUCGCGGAAACAAUGAUGUUUAUUAUUGGCAAUUGCCGAGUAUCUUUUUAGGCGAUCAAAUUACUUCAUACGGUGGAAAUCUUAAAUAUACUGUUCGUUAUGUACCAUCACCAGGUGGUCAAAGCUCAAAGAAUAAUGCUGCUGAUGUUGAAUUAAUUAGUGCCAAUGAUAUCAAUCUGUUAUAUUUCUCUCGAGAGUUUCCCGAACCAAAUACUCCACAAACAUUUACCGUUCCUCUCUUAGAACAAUAUUGGCAACGCAAUGAUGGAACACAAGCUGACAGAGAGCAUUUGCUAAUGGCCCUCGCUGAUGUUCGUGCAAUUAAAAUCAAAGCCACGUAUACUACUCAUACCGAUGAGGCUGCCUUAUCACUAGUAUCCCUAGAUACAGCCGAAAAAUACAAUACAGGAAAAAUUAGAGCGGUGGAAGUAGAAGAAUGCACUUGUCCAGUGGGUUAUAAAGGAUUAUCUUGCGAAGAUUGUGAUGUUGGCUACACUAGAGCAAGCGAAGGCCUCUAUUUAGGUAUUUGCGAACCUUGCAAUUGCAAUGGUCAUUCCAAUCAAUGCAAUCCUGACACUGGAGUAUGCGAGAAUUGUGCUCAUCAUACCACUGGUGACUUUUGUGAUAUUUGCGAGAGCGGAUAUGAGGGUGAUGCAACUCGAGGAACUCCUUAUGAUUGUACUUAUAGUACAGAACGACCUUGUAUGUGUAACGAACUUGGUUCACGCAGUAGUGUAUGCAUCGGAAAUGUAUGUGACUGUAAACGGAAUGUUGAGGGAUCUCAAUGUAAUAGAUGUCGUUCAGGUACAUUUGGACUAUCUGCGGAAAAUCCGAAUGGAUGCAAUGAAUGUUACUGUAGUGGAUUAACUGAUCAAUGUCAUGAGAGUUCUCUCUAUAUUCAGCAAAUACCUAUGUGGGUCUAUGACAAUCAACACGGUUUCACUUUAACAGAUUCGUCGAGACAAGAAAUCAUAGAUGAUGGUUUCGAAUUAAAUUUUGCUACGAACGAAAUAGGAUAUCGUUAUCCAGACAGCAGAGGACGCAGAUUAUUCUGGUCUUUGCCAACUAUUUUCACUGGCAAUAAAGUCAAAAGUUAUGGUGGUAAUCUAACAUUAACUCAACACAUUACUGCUUAUUCUGGUGCUCAAAGUUACAAGGACCAAGAUAUUAUACUAAUUGGAAAUGGGAUCACUUUAUUCUGGACAAAUCCUACUGAAAUUCAACCUGAUAUACCAUUGACUUAUUCAGUACCAUUUAGAGAAUCGGAAUGGAAACGUUUGACUACCGAAGGACCUCAUGUUACAUCGAGAAUCGAUCUGAUGACAGUGCUAUCUAAUUUGGAAGCAAUUUUGGUUCGUGCAACGCAUAGUGAAUGGAUGACAGCUACUUAUAUCAGCGACAUAAGUCUGGAUACAGCUGUAGAACAUCAAACUGGUAAUAAGAGAGCGAUUCAAGUGGAAGUUUGUCGCUGUCCUACUGGUUAUGUAGGAACAUCCUGUGAAUCCUGUGCCAGAGGUUAUUAUAGAGAUACUAAUGAUCGAUCCGUCAGCUACUUGGGAUCCUGCAUUCUAUGUCCUUGCAACAAUAAUGAAGAAAGCUGUGAGAUGACACGAAUUGGUCAAGUGAAGUGUCAUUGUCAACCAGGAUAUGUGGGCCAGUAUUGUCAAGAUACUGGUGAACUGAUGGUAAGUCUAACGCCAAUGACGGGUGAAGUAAAGGCAAACUCGUGGGUUCUGUUCACAUGCAGUUACAAGUUCUCAAAUCCGUUAUAUAUCUCUUUUACAAUGAGUCCAUGUGAUGGCUAUCCCGUAACCGCGACUGCCUCCGAGCCGGGAUCUCUCAAAACAACAACAAACGGAUCGUUGAGGACUUGGUAUGUUUACGUCCGGCAACAUCCUUUCAAUGUGGAAUGCUGUAUCUCGGAUCUGAACGGAAAAGAGUUAAUCAAAGUUGUGUCGACAGUUUUACCAGAAGGUACUACUACAUCAACCACUACAUUUCCUACUAUAACUCCACCAAAGAUUUUGAUUUAUAUUAGAGGACCAGAGUUCCAAAUAAUUGAAACAGGAAGCACUGUUAGAUAUCAUUGUUCUGGAACAUCUGUAGAUAAUGGAUCUUUGUAUAUCAAAUGGGAGAAAGAAGGUGGUCAACUACCGCCGGGAAGAAGUGUAGAUGAUAACCAUGGUUUAUUAGUUAUUCGAGACGUGAAAGUAUCUGAUAGCGGUAUUUAUGUUUGUCAAGUCAGUGAUGGAGUACACAUUGGUUACAAAAAUGUUACCCUCACUGUUGGAGCUUUUCCACAAAGUUUAUUGGAUAUUCCAGCUGCACCAAGGACUAUUGUCAUACCUCCAUCUCUACAAGUAGUAGAGGGACAUUCUGCGGAAUUCCGUUGCGAAGCCAGCGGAAAUCCACCGCCACAAAUUGAAUGGAUUCGUGUUCAUGGCCCCAUGAAUCCAGAAGUCAUAGUUUACAAUGGAGCGUGGAUUCUAAAAGCUGUCUCGAAAAGUGAUGCCGCCGAAUAUAAAUGCAUAGCAAGAAAUAAUAUUGGCAUAGAUGAAAGAACCGUUAUUCUCUACGUUGAAGAUAAUCCCGAAACUCCACCAUCACACUCAAUACCACCUACCAUAACUCCUCCACAAUGGAUUGGAUCAGUUGGAGAUACAAUCGUGAUAACUUGCAUCCCAUCUCUAGACGCCAAUGUUACUUGGACUCGAGAAAGAAAUAUUCCAUUGCCUCCUACAGCCAAUCAACGCGAUGGUAUUUUAACAAUUAUAAAUCCAAGCACGUACGAUUCUGGUAUCUACAUAUGCACUGCAAUCAGCUAUAUAGGAACAGUAGCUCAUAAAACCAUCAACAUAACAGUAACACCUAGAAGACCUUUGCCAACUAUUAAAGUAACACCUGAAAAACAGACUGUUCCUCAAGGUAGUAUAGCUGAAGUAAAAUGUUUCACAACCGGAGAACCUGGUGUACAAGUAAAAUGGAGUAAAUAUCUUGAACAAAUGAGUCCUAAUGUGCAACAAAUUGGAGAUACUUUGAGAAUUGUUAACAUCCAGAUUGCUGAUCGUGGUGUUUACGUCUGUCGGGUUACGGGAUCAAGUGGAAGUCACGAAGCUAGUGCUAUCAUUGAAGUUGAACCGAGAGAACCUCCAUUGGUAGAGAUUUAUCCCAAAAACGUUCCUCCAGUUACUUUGGGUGGAUCCACAGAUCUUCAAUGUCGAGCAAUCGCUGGAAUUCCUAUACCAGUGCUACAAUGGUCCCAUGAAGAUGGUCGACCAUUCGCUUCUAAUAUUAAACAACUUCCUGGAGGUGUUUUAAGACUUUCCAAUAUCACAACUAAUGAUGGGGGUUCUUAUAUUUGUUCUGCUGUCAAUUCUGUUGGUUCAAAUUCUGCAACUGUAUAUAUAGAAGUUCAAUCUGUACCUAUCAUCUUAAUAACACCUAAAUCUGGAAUUUUAACCGUGAAACCUGGAGAUAGGGUACGAUUAGUUUGUAGUGCAACCGGAUAUCCGCAACCUACAGUCGCUUGGAGUAAACAUAUGAAUGUAGUACCUCUUGGUACAACUAAUGAAGUAAUUGAUACCCCUCAAAAAGCUGUUUAUGAAAUAUAUUCCGCAUCUCCGAAUGAUGAAGGUUCGUAUACCUGCCAUGCAAAUAACGCAGCAGGAAUUGUCGAAGAACGUGUUUAUAUUAGAGUAGAGGAUUCAGAGGUUUAUCCACCUUGCAGAGGCGAUGUUCCCUGUCUUGAUACUACAAGCGAUGAUUCCAUACCAAAAGAUUACCUUAGAAUUCCUAAUGGAGGCAAGGUAGAAAUGCGUUGCCAUGUGCAUGAUAAUGAUGGAAAUCAUAUUUAUCUAGACUGGAAGAGAACAGAUCAUAGAGCUUUGCCAAAUGGUAGUUCUGUUCACAAUGGUGUACUAAUCAUUCCAGCUGUAGAUAAGAGCGCUGCAGGAGAAUAUGUUUGUUCUGGAAUGGAUCAAGCCGGCAAUCUUCUCUUUAAAGCUAAAUCUCAUCUUGAAGUAUUAUCUCCACCCAGAAUUGUAUUAAUUCCACCCAGACAAACUGUUCGUUCUGGAGAAAGUCCGUCAAUCGAAUGUCGUACAAAUGGAGAUGAACCCAUGACUAUAGAAUGGAAUGCUAUCGGACGCUCCCUACCUUAUUCAGUGACACACAAUCGUGGACUUCUCCAAUUCCAUGGAAUCACUUAUUCUGAUGCCGGAAAAUAUGUCUGUAAAGCUACUAACGAUGCAGGAACUGCUGAAGCUGUUGCUGAAGUUCUGGUAAAUGAACAUCCUUAUGAAAAUACAGAAGUCAAAGCUGCCCAAAGAGAUAUUGUUACUUACGUAGGACAACCUGUGCGUUUACGAUGUAUGGUUAGAGAAAGAGCUACUAUACACUGGGUCAGAGAUGGACAACCAUUGCCAUCUAAUGUCAGAAUAGAAGAAGAUUAUUUAGAGCUGCCUAGAGUAAGACCAGAAGACAGUGGAAGAUACAUCUGCCAAAUACAAACCUCUCAUGGAGUCUCCAGUGACUAUAUUAAUUUAAACGUUUCGCAUUGCAUGCAUGUGAACCAAACGCAGUGCAGGCAAAACAAUUGUAUGUGCGGCAUUCAAGGAUGCUUUCUAUUGGAUUACUAUUGCAACAUCAAUCCUCUCUUCUCUGGUGAUAACCACUACUUCAACAGCAAACAGUGGAUUCACCACUAUCUUCAAAAUCGAGGCGCUACUCCGAUACCUGCAGUUAGUGUAGAAGUCUCUCAGGAUCCAGUGAACAUCGGAGAUACCAUUGAUAUACGUUGUGCAUGUUCUGGAACUCAUAAUCCACGUUAUCAUUGGUCUAGACCUAACCAUCUCAGUCUACCAGAAAAUGCUCAAGAAUAUGGAAAUAUUCUGAGAUUAUCUAACGUGGCUGUUAGCGACAGUGGAUUAUAUAGAUGUACUGCUGAUACUCCUGAAGGUGUUUUCAAACAAGAUUUCAAUCUUGUUGUGCAUGGUGGAAAUAAUGAUGCACCAGCAAUUGAAACCAAAUACGCUCCUUAUGGAUCUAGCCUAGAAAUGGAUUGCCGUCCUAAUAUUGACCCACCAAUGAAAUUUCAUUGGAGUAAAUUGGGAGGUUUUCUGCCACCUGAUGCUCAGAUUUUCGAGAGUAAAUUAAAGCUAAUCAAUGUCAAAGCAGAGGAUGCAGGAACCUAUAUCUGCAGUGUAAAUAACAAUCAUGAAAAUAUAGAAAUACCCACAGUACUUGUGGUAACAGGAGUUGUCCCAUAUUUCAGUCAAGCUCCUCGAAGUUUUAUUGCUUUAUCUCCAUUACGUGAUUCCUAUCUAAAAUUCAAUAUUGAAAUCUCUUUUAAACCUCAAAGUUAUGAUGGUAUAAUCUUGUAUAAUGAUGAAUCCAGUAGUGGAAAUGGUGAUUUUGUUUUAUUAUCACUUGUUAGAGGCUAUCCACAAUUCAGCUUCAAUCUCGGUUCUGGACCAGCUAUCAUUCGGGCGGAUAAAUCUGUAACACUUGGAGAAUGGCAUACCAUAAAACUUCAACGCAAUAGAAAAGAAGGAACUAUGUUAGUUGAUGGUGAAGGUCCUUACAAAGGUGUCGCAGUUGGCAAGAAACAAGGAUUAGAUUUAAAAGCGCUAUUAUUUAUCGGUGGAGUUCCCAGUGAUAAUAUAAUAACUCAAUAUGCAGAAAUCAAUAGUGGUUUUGUUGGCUGUAUCAGCAGAUUGAUAAUUGGAGAGAAAGAAAUCGAUUUGAUUGGUGAUCAAACUGAUAGUGUUGGAAUCACUAAUUGUGAAACUUGUGCUGAAAAUCCUUGCAACAACGGUGGUGUAUGUCAAGAAGCUGCUACAAAAAAUGGAUACCUUUGUCUAUGUCGUGCUGGCUAUAGUGGAAAACAUUGUGACUAUAUUGGCCAGCCCUGUUAUCCAGGUGCUUGUGGUGAAGGCAAUUGCGUAAACAAGGAAACUGGCUUCGAAUGUUAUUGCCCUCCCGGAAGAACUGGCUCUCGUUGUGAGAACUCGAUAAAAAUCUACGAACCAGCCUUCCAUGACGAUAAAUCCUUUAUAGCACAUGAAACGCCAAAAGCUCUCAGACGGGCGAGAAUGAACCCAAUCAAAACAUACGGUCGAUUAAGAGCACGCAACGCACAAGUUAGAAAGCCGCGAUCAAGGCCACAUCACCACAAUAAGCUGCACCACACGAAACAUUAGUCCUUUUUUCACAAUCAAACUUUUUCGAUGCACAUAAUGAUAGAAAAAGAAAAAAGAAGGAAAAGUCAUUUAUUAUUAUUAAAUGUUUAUAGAAAACAUUAACUGCUAUUUAUAGUUGUCAGUCAGCAUAUAUGUAUAUUAUAUAUAUUUUUUUUAUGAGAAUUUUAUUUACAAUUAGAUUUUUUUCUUUGUGUCUGCCUCAUACGUAUCAUAGAUAAUUAUGUUGAAGCCUGUAUAGUGAGUAGUUCCUUGGAAUGAACCUCAUGGUGCUGUAAUAUUAGAAUAUCAGUCAAUAUAUUUACGUUAUUCUCAUAUAUUAACUUUUUACGGAUCCAAUUAAUUUUUUUUAUAGUAAUAAUAUUAUAAAAACAAUUUUUUAUUGUUAAAAAAAGCUCUCUUUUAUUAAGAUAGCUUUUAGAUCAUUGCCUGAUGGACCGUAAAGAGUUCUCUGUACAGCUUUUUAAAUAGUACAUUUUAACGCAUUGUAUUAGUUAUUUUAAUUAUUGUUUAAAAUAAAUCAUUAAUAAGGUCACUGCCAAAUGAGAAUCGCAUUUUAUAAUAAUAUCAAGAGCUUAUUAAAACAAUUAUUAGUGUUGUGGCAUUGACUUGUGUAUUAAGCACACACGCAACAUACACACACCUCAAAUCAGGCACAUCUUAAAAUGUUUGUACUUAUUUUGUAAAAACCUAUUUGGUAUAUGUGCCAUAAGUGGUGUGUUUCUAGGGCCAGAAUGACCGUUUAUAUGUAUUCGACGGGCUUCGAACGAUGCUAUAAGUAUAAAUAUAUGUCUUGAGAUGCAAAUAAAAAUUGAUUUAACAGGA